CAACCUGCCUCCGAAGAUGAGGGGUGGCCAGAGCUUUGCCCCCAAGCGCUCGAUAGCAGUCUCCUCUUCCAUGGCCAAUAUACCCGCUCUUCCGAAACUUACUGGCGAUAUUAUCCUGGAGGUCUUCACCCACAAGUCGUUGCGCUUCGAAGGUGCUCCUCGUAAUGAGGAAGUGGGUGACAGUGACCGACUGGCGGAACUGGGCGCGAAAGUCCUUGAAAUGGCUGUCUGCUAUGCCCUCUUCAACAAGAGACCUAUGCUCGAGGCGGAAGAGAUUGAAAAGCAGACGAAGGAGGCUCUGUCGGACGACAAGAUAGAGGGUUGGAUCACACUAUACCGCCUUAGAGAAAAGCUCCGAUGUACUCCAGAUGCCUUUCCGAGUCUUCGCACGCCCAAGGAAGUGCGCCACCUCUUCAAUUCGUACGUAGGUGCUGUGUUCGUCACGAGUGGACUUCGUGUCGUGCAGAAUUGGAUCACCAAACUCGUGGAUCCAGAGUCCGAACCUCCUCCCGUCAUAGAGCUCGAGUCGGAUCAGAGCUCCAACGCCCCUGCCGCCAAACGACAACGAACUGAUCCCAUUGCCAUGAAUAUGUCUCCUCCUCCUCCCGUUAUGGCACCACCGCCUCUUCCUCCCUCCCAGCAGCCGACAAUGUCCUAUCUACAGCUAUUUAAUCAGACGGCAAACCAGCGCCGACUCGCCGUCGAGUAUCCCGCUACGUUCGUCGGCCCUCCUCAUGCAGGUUCAUGGACUGUAACAUGUCGCGUCAAUGGUGUUGACCGAGGUCAUGGAUCUGGUCAAAGUAAACAAGUUGCAAAGGAAAUGGCGGCACAGCAAGCCUUCUUCGCCUUAGGUUGGGGACAGCCUCCCGGGGGUCGCAGCAUGUCAGUAGACUCCGAGUCUCAUUUUCAGCCGAAAGUAGAACCAGCCGAGUCUCCCUUACAUUUCCCCCCACCUCCUGCUAUGCCGCCACCUCCAUUGCCUGCCCAACCAAAUCCCCUUGCACCUGCUCAACCAUCUGUCGCCUUCUUACCUAUUUUCAAUCAAACCGCUGCACAGCGCCGACAUCAGGUGGAGUACCCCGCCGAGUUUGUCGGCCCUGCACAUGCGGGCAGCUGGAGUGUCAGAUGCAUAGUUGACGGUAUUGAGAAAGGUCAUGGAACAGGAACCAGCAAGCAGCUAGCCAAGGAAGAGGCUGCAAAGCAAGCGUACUACAAUAUGGGAUGGGCUCCUCGAGGGUAACCAUAAUCAAGCAGAAUACGUGUCCAGCCGCCUCAACCUUUGGGCAACUCCCGUCAAAUGCUGUUAUUCUGCGGUUCCCGAAGGGAGUCUCCCUCUCACGUUGACCCUCAAUGCGAGGGGUUGUUCAGCAAGUUCACAGCUUUCCGCAUUGAGGGGUGACGUGUAAGCGAGACUUUCGCCGGGAACAGCGGACCAACAUCAUUUUGCAGAGCUACCUGUAAUGUGGUGUUCUGUUGUAGUCUAGCGCGUAUGCACAUGUGAAAAAUCCCCACCGAUGUAAACCAGACUGCGGUGCGGAUUUUUCUCAGGGAGCUAGCACGACCAUGCUUGCGACCGGUGUGGGUGGUUUUGCUUGCAAUCGAGUUGCAACGGACUCCUCCAUAUUAGUGUUGAUGGUGUUGCUAUCUGCCGUUACAGCUCAUUCCUUGGGAGCUCAGCAUUACACGCCUGUCC